AUGAGAGGAGAUAAAGCUGCCCGGAAGCUCAUCCAGUAGGUCUGAGUUCUUCUCCGUUUCCCAUGGCUUUAAUGAUAUACGCAGCCCAAAUAAUGACAUGAGAAGUUUAACAAUUACCAGAUCCAUGGGACGCGAGGUUGUUCAUAUCAAGGUUGGAAAGGAUUUACAAGAUUUUGGUGUACACAAAAGUCUUAUUUGCCAUUACUCUCCUUACUUCAAAGCUGCAUUCACUUCCGGCUUCGAAGAAACAAGCACCGGCAUCAUGAAACUUGGCGAUGUUGAUUUAGACGUGUUCGAGCUUUUUUUUUACUGGUUAUACACGCAAAGACUUAACAAAUGGCGAAAUGAAUCUCAGUUAAGCUUAGAGAAAGCAAUAAUAAAUGCGGGGAACGAGUCAAAGCAAAGGUAAGAAAACAUCUCAGCAGAAAAUAAACCCCUCAUUCAGAGGAGCGACUAGAAAUUAACCAAGUCAAAAGAUCUCGUAUUCGUACUCUUCUGGAACUUUACGUCUUUGCAGAUAUGGUUCAAGUACCAGCUAUCAAGAACAACUGCAUCAAAGAAUACUACGAAAUGGCCAUACCCGAAAAAGAAUACCUUACCGAGCGGAAAAACUUAGCGUAUAUCUGGGAGCAUACAAACGAGAGCGAUUUGAUUCGCAAAUUCAUGGUUGACUUGAUAGUCUGGGAUGUGCCCGAAAUAUCAGUUGAGAACAACUUGUCUCAGUCGCCUGUGGAAGUAAUCAUUUUGGUCAUUUUCGCCAUGAAGAAAAUUAUUGGCCAUGCUCGCACCGAAUCGGUACAAUUGGAAAAGCGGAGACCAAAGUUUAGGAGUCUUCCAUCUUUGAUCAGCCCUCUAGGAGAUCUAACCAAGUAUUAUGUGAAGGUCAAGACAGAAAAUUUCCAAGACGGGGAUGCUUUAUAUGUGUCGAUAGCUGAGAUGUUUGAAGAGGAGUAUGAAGUGGAGGAUAUUCUGGACUCUAAAUUGGUGGACGGUUCACUUAAGUACAAGGUUAAGUUGGUUGGAUAUUCGCACGAUGAUCAAUAUUAUCCUGCGGAUGAUUUUGCCGGUGGCCGAACACUUCUUACUGCUUUUCAUCAGAAGUAUCCACGGAAGCCUGGACCUGCGGAGAAAUAG